UAAUAAACUAUUUUAUUGUGGGUUGGAUUAGGUACCAGCCACCCCGCACCGGCCUGGAAGAGUGUUGCGAUCGAGAAGUUUCCGUGAGUGUUGCUCUUUGGGAUGCUAUGAAGAUCCCCCACUCCUCCUCUCUUCUUGCCUGCCGUGUGGCCGACCAUGUUGAGCUCUACUGACUAGCAGGGCUUCUCUCUUGGACACUGAAGCAAGGAUCGGCCUCCUUGGUGCGGGAUCCUGGAUCUGACGUCGGGUUUUUGCAGUCGGAGUCCUGGUUGUAUGUCGGGAAGCGAGUGGGUAUUGUCAAUUUAAGGUCAAAUGCUCAUGGAUAUGCAAUUCGAGGAACUUUUGAGCAGAUGCAGAAACUGAGGAAUGGUGUUUUCGUCGUAGCGGCUUAGUUUGGGCUUAUUCUGUGGAGGAUCGAGCACUAGUCUGUUAAUCCAGAUCAAGGAUUUAUGUUUGUCGAUUGAGGGGAAUACGAAGGCGUGCAGCCAUGGCUUCGCCAAGGUCUGCUGCAACAGGUGGACUUGGGUUUCGUAAUGCAGGACAAUCUCGUGGCGUGCAGAUGACAGGUCGCACAAACUCGGACAACCAGAAUGCGGGCGGGGGGAAUCAUCACCAUGCAAGAAGGACGUCCAGCGGGAGAUUUAACAAUCUUUCGCGUGACAUGAGUGAGAUGGGGGGUGCUACAGACAGCGAGCUGGGAUCCGAUUACUUAUACACUGUCCAGAUCCCUGCCACACCAGACCACCCAAUGUCGGGAGAUCGGGCGGUCCCCGGAAAGGGCGAGCAGCUUGGGGGUGCACGCGGUCCUACCUGCGCCGUCAUCAACUGUGACGGGAAGGCGAUGCGCGACGAGCGCGGAGAAGACAUGACACCUUGUGAUUGCAACUUCAAGAUCUGCCGCGACUGCUACAUCGAUGCCCUCAACGGGUCUGGGAAAUGCCCUGGUUGUAAAGACGACUACACUGCGUCUGACGAGCCCUUCUCACAGGGUGGUUCCCAGAAUGACAUGCGCGUGUUACCACCCAACGGCGACGACAGCUCCAGACUGGAUCGCCGCCUGUCUCUUCUAAAGACAAAGCCCGGCAUGCUUAUGAGCAAUGGUUCCUCUGCUGAUUUCGACCACGCCCGCUGGCUCUAUCAGACCAAGGGUACCUACGGUUACGGCAAUGCCGUGUGGCCCGGCGACGAUGGAUACGAUGGCGGUGGCGGCCAAGGUCCACCAAAUCUGGGUGUUUUGCCUGAAUUCAAUGAUAAAGUGAGGCGUCCUCUAACUCGCAAAGUCAGCAUUUCGACAGGCAUUCUUAGUCCCUACAGGUUGAUUGUGGCAAUCCGCAUGGUAGUCCUCGCACUGUUUCUCAUGUGGCGUGUUCAGCAUCCGAACCCUGACGCCCUGUGGCUUUGGGGAAUGUCGGUAGUUUGCGAGAUUUGGUUUGCCUUCUCUUGGAUUCUCGACCAGUUGCCAAAGCUGUGUCCCAUCAACCGUUUGACAGAUCUGUCGGUGUUGAAGGAGAAGUUCGACAUGCCGUCACCAGAGAACCCCAGCGGUAGGUCUGAUCUACCCGGUGUGGACAUCUUCGUCUCCACAGCUGAUCCCGAGAAGGAACCUCCUCUCACUACCGCAAACACAAUCCUAUCCAUUUUGGCAUCUGAGUAUCCUUUGGAGAAGCUUGCGUGCUACCUCUCUGACGAUGGUGGCGCCCUCUUGUCGUUCGAGGCCUUGGCUGAGGCUGCGAGCUUUGCCCGCGUAUGGAUCCCCUUCUGCCGGAAGCACAAGAUUGAGCCCCGCAACCCGGAAACGUAUUUCCUCUUGAAGGGAGAUCCCACGAAGAAUAAGGUUCGUUCCGAUUUCGUGAAGGAUCGCCGCAAGGUCAAGAGAGAGUAUGACGAGUUCAAGGUUCGUGUUAACGGAUUGCCCGAUGCAAUCCGCCGUCGCUCAGACGCAUACAAUGCACAUGAAGAAAUUCGAGCUAAGCGUCACCAGAUGGAGUCUGGAGGAGAUCCGUCCGAGCCUCUCAAUAUACCCAAGGCCACUUGGAUGGCAGAUGGGACACACUGGCCAGGAACGUGGACUCAAUCCGGCAAGGAGCAUGGACGAGGAGACCACGCUGGUAUCAUCCAGGUGAUGCUAGCUCCUCCUACUGCUGAGCCUUUGAUGGGCAGUAGCGACGAGGAGAAUAUCAUUGACACUACGGAUGUUGACAUUCGUCUGCCGAUGCUAGUAUACAUGUCUCGUGAAAAACGUCCCGGUUACGAUCACAACAAGAAGGCCGGAGCUAUGAACGCCCUUGUUCGCACGAGUGCUGUCAUGUCCAACGGUCCAUUCAUUCUCAAUCUGGAUUGUGAUCACUACAUCUUCAAUGCCCUCGCCAUCCGGGAAGCCAUGUGUUUCUUCAUGGAUAAGGGUGGUGAUCGUCUCGCCUACGUCCAGUUUCCUCAACGUUUUGAAGGAGUAGAUCCCAACGAUCGAUACGCUAAUCACAACACUGUCUUCUUCGACGUCAACAUGAGAGCGCUGGAUGGGUUGCAGGGACCAGUCUAUGUCGGAACCGGGUGCGUCUUCAGAAGAAUUGCGCUCUAUGGUUUUGACCCCCCUAGGAUGCGGGACCAUGGGUGCUGCUUCCAGCUUUGUUGCUGCUGCUGCGGGCCGAAGCAGCCUAAGAAGAAACCGAAGUCUAAGCAACGAGACUCGGAGGUGGCAGGGUUAACCGAACACACUACAAGUGAUGACGAUGAUGAUAUUGAAGCCACCAUGCUCCCAAAGCGCUACGGUUCUUCAGCUGUAUUCGCUGCAUCGAUUCCGGUGGCAGAGUUUCAAGGGCGACCUCUGGCAGACAAGGGCGUGAAGAACGGUCGACCUGCUGGAGCGCUAACGAUUCCCCGUGAGCCCCUGGACGCUUCAACAGUUGCUGAAGCCAUUAACGUAGUGUCGUGCUUUUACGAGGACAAGACCGAGUGGGGAGGACGCGUGGGAUGGAUUUAUGGGUCCGUGACAGAGGAUGUGGUGACUGGUUUCCGUAUGCACAAUCGUGGUUGGCGUUCAAUCUACUGUGUCACUAAGCGCGAUGCCUUCAGAGGAACUGCUCCCAUCAAUCUUACCGAUCGUCUUCAUCAAGUGCUUCGUUGGGCUACUGGAUCCGUGGAAAUUUUCUUCUCUCGAAACAAUGCUCUUCUCGCCAGCUCUCGGCUCAAGUUUUUGCAACGCAUUGCAUACCUUAACGUCGGCAUCUACCCGUUCACUUCCAUCUUCCUUUUGGUUUACUGCUUCCUCCCCGCUCUUUCUCUUUAUACUGGCCAAUUUAUCGUGCAAAAUUUGAACCUAGCUUUCUUGAUUUACCUUCUCACCAUUACCAUCAGCCUGUGCUCACUCGCCGUGCUCGAAGUCAAAUGGUCUGGAAUCAGUCUGGAGGAGUGGUGGAGAAACGAACAGUUCUGGGUGAUUGGUGGAACCAGUGCCCAUUUGGCUGCCGUCUUCCAGGGUAUUCUCAAAGUCAUGGCCGGAGUCGAAAUCUCCUUCACUCUGACCUCGAAAUCAGCUGGUGAUGAUGAAGACGACAUUUACGCAGAUCUCUACAUCGUCAAGUGGACGUCUCUCUUCAUUCCUCCAAUCACCAUUGGUAUCACCAACAUUGUUGCCAUCGCUGUUGGAGUUUCCCGCACCAUCUACUCCCCCAAUCCCGAAUGGAGCAAGCUCUUAGGAGGAGUCUUCUUCUCGCUCUGGGUGCUCAUGCAUCUGUACCCCUUCUUCAAGGGUCUGAUGGGUAAGGGCGGCAAGACCCCGACCAUUAUCUACGUUUGGGCGGGUCUGCUCUCCGUUAUCAUUUCUCUCCUGUGGGUUUACAUCUCUCCUCAGAAUGGUAGCGCUGCAGCAGCAGGUGGUGGCUUCACAUUUCCUUAGGGUUACGGUCUGAUUUAGGGCCCUAAGGUCCUCUCCAUUGUGCCAUUGUUCUCCGCGGCAAAUCUUUUGGUCAGGUACCGUGAAAGUUUUUCAUACCUGCCACUCAAGCAGUUUUUAAAGCUCUCACAAGGACUAUUAACCUAAAACAAAGACGUCGUCCUCUAUUUUCUUCAGCGAUAUUUAGAAAAAAAAAAAUCCUGCAUCCGCUGGAUUUGUACAUUAGCUUAAAAAUUCUUUCGACUCAUGCAAGGCCAGAGUCUUCUGAACAAGUGGAGCUGCCAGAGAAGCUGAAGUUGCUUCAGCGGCAGGCUUCCUCUUGACCAACAUCAACAAUCCUCAGUACAGCGUCGAUGCUUUGUCGGACGCGUUACAAUAAGAUCGUGGUCAUGCAUCUGCUUAUUUAUAAGUAUCACUAAUACAUUCAUUGUACAGGAGAGUGUCUUCUGUAGUAUCAAAAGAGUAAGCUUUGUGGGCGUUCUUGAGUGAUUGUGGCGAGGGCCUCCGAUUUAGUUGUGUAAGCCUUGGCUUAUAAUCUUUCUGCCAGAUUGGCUAUAACGCAAACCCUUGUUACCAGCAUCUUGAGUGGGAUGCGAAGCAAUUCCUCCUAUAUCAUUGUGUUACUUGCUUAUUUCUCGGCCUCUUGUUUGUGUUUGGCCGUGGCCUAAUCAAAUUUGGAUUUGUCGGCGAUGUUCACUGGA